GUGCACCUCUACUUCAGCAGUCUUCCUGAAGACAGGGUGCCCUAUCUGAACAGCAUAGGAGAGAAGAACCGCAUUCGUCAGCUUCUCCAGCAACUACCUCCUCACGACAAUGAAGUUCGGUACUGCCACGCGCUGUCAGAGGAGGAGCGCCAUGAGUUGCGCAUGUUUAGUGCCCAGCGGAAAAGAGAUGCGCUGGGACGGGGCAGCGUCCGCUUGAUACCUCAGGAUUCAAAGCCAGUCAAGUGUUACCAGUGCCCACAAGAUGUCAGUUCUGGCGACGUGGCUGUGUUUGUGUCACGCAUGGAGGCUGACACCUGCUGGCACCCGGCCUGUUUUACCUGCCACACCUGCAAUGAGCUACUGGUGGAUCUCAUCUACUUCUACCACGAAGGGCAGCUCUACUGUGGCCGCCACCACGCCGAGCUACUGAAGCCUCGAUGUGCUGCUUGUGAUGAGGUGAUCUUUGCUGAUGAAUGUACUGAAGCUGAAGGACGUAGCUGGCACAUGAAGCACUUCUGCUGCCUGGAGUGUGACCGCCAGCUGGGCGGUCAGCGCUACAUCAUGCGUGAUGGACGGCCUUACUGCUGCUCUUGUUUUGAAAAUAUGUUUGCAGAGUAUUGUGACACUUGUGGCGAGCACAUCGGGGUGGACCAGGGGCAGAUGACCCACGACGGGCAGCACUGGCACGCCUCAGAGAUUCUUCUUGGCCGGCCGUUUCUGCCCAAGCACGGAGUGAUAUACUGUUCAGCCGCCUGCAGCCGGGCCGGCUCCAUGACAACACAGACUCCUCGCCGACCGGAGGAUUACUUGGUGAGCAUGCAGGAGGCUCGGGUGAGCUCACCCGUCAGUCAUGUCCUGCAGGAAGGUCGUGCAGGGAUACAGGAGGUUCUCAGGCAACAGUACACGUUACCGGACAGUCUUCCAUCGUCGGACAGGGAUCAGGGGUAUGCGACCAGCAGCAACAGUGAGGUGUAUGCUCCAGGCAUGUUUGAGGUGCAUGCAGGUCAGCAUGAAGAAGAAGAGGAAGCAGAGUCUCUGUACGCACUUAAUGUGGAUGGGCUCGUAGAUGCAUUGCCUCUACAAGAAGCAAAACACCGGAACAGGUUGUCUCAGUUCUCCAUGCCAGACCUCAGCCAGGAUGAGCCUGGAUCAGCCCAGGAAGUGGCCAGUCUGCACUCAGAAUCCAAAAGUGACCCACUCUCACCCAGCAGUGAUAUUCCUAGUCAGUCCGGGUCAGAGAGAAAUGUCAGUGUUCAUUAUGCAUCGGUCAGUGUCCCUCAUCACUGUCCCACAGAGGACCCCAGCACCCUGAUGUCUCCAGCUGCUAUCAUGAUGAUGCACCAGAGCAACAAUCACGGCAACUUCCAGCAUCACUUCAAUCGCAACUAUGUUGUCGAACUGAGCAGCACUGGUGCGUACCCACUACUACCUAAUGGUGUGACUUCUCCUCAUGGCUGCCCAGUUUAUCGUCAGGCCACACCAACAUCUGUUCGCUCAUAUUCUGAGCUUCCUCAUCAUUUAAUCUCUGAAAAGAGAGAUGCUGCUCACGUGUCCAGGCCACCGCCCCAUCCGAGGAAUGUAUCUGGCCUGCCUCUUCCAGACGGUAGCAAAAUGAAUCCUAUCACACGGCCACCCAGCAGUCAGUCCCGCCCAUCCAGCAGUCAGGCUCGAGGUUGCCCUCGCAGCCAAAGUUUUGAAGGCAGACCGGGGAAUUCCCUGUCUCAACAUCCAAGCUCGUCCAACAUGACCCAGUCAAGGUCUCAUGGCCACGGCCAUUCUCACCACCAAUCAUCCUCACGGACACACCGUGCUGCCCAGCUGUCUCGGCCACUUGUCCUGGACAGCGCCGCAGCUGACCGCUUCAUGUACGGCAACUUUGAUGAUGACCGCUGCAGCACCUGCUCGAGCUCAAGCAGCUCCGAUGACUUUGACUAUCACUUCUCUCCACGGAGCACCAGCAAGAUCACCUACGUGGAUGACAUGGGCAUUGGCGGGACAGUGACUAGUCCGUCCGGUCCAGGGAAAAACCGCCGACAUCGGCAGAAGAGCAAGCAGUGUGUUGUGCAAUAA